GUUUGUUAAUAUAAUCGUAAAAGAUAACAGUUGUCAGUACUUUUUAGCGAUAUUUUUGAAACUAUUAAAACGACUACGCCCAUUUGUUAUUACCUGUAAUGUAGAAUAUAAAUAUUUUGUGCUAAAAAAACACUUGUAAGUUGUCGACGUAAUACAAAUGUUUUUGCGCGUAAAUGUAACUCAAAGUUUGUUAAUGAAUAAUUAACUGUUACGAAAGUAGGGCGUGCUAUCAAUUGGAUCAGAUUCAUGCGAAAUUAGCAGACAGGUCUAACACGAUUACGAAAUGAGUUUACAAGACUGGAAUUCUUACUACGACGCGACGUGUAGCGGAGGCAAACGAAAGUGAAACUGACCAACUCAAGGUCGUCGCAUCGUGCUGGCCGAAUGGAUCCGAAACUGAAUGGUGUGCAGCAUAAGCCGAACUGCGCCACGAAGGAUAGCGACAAGCUACUCGAGAUGGGCGUCGAAGGACGCCGAUCGCCGUCCGCAUCGCCAGAACGUGUGCGAGUUCAAAGACAAGCCAAGUCAACGCCAACGGUUGAAAUCUAUAGACCACCAGCUGCAAGAAGAGCCAGAAACGAGCCUCAAGGAAACGUGGACCAAGUUCAAGCGCAGCCUACCGAUUCGUCGUCUAUAAAAACUAUUCGUAAGAGAAGACCGGAUCGCGCUGUUUAUGUACCAAGACAUCGUAGAAGUUUAGAAACCGAAGGAAGCCCCCAAUCUGUAGAAGCCGUUCACGUUAAUCGUACUGUUAAAGACGGUUCGUCUUCAUCCUCUCUGUCUCAUGGACAAUCAAAGUUUAACGUAAAUCUAAAAGAAACGGAUGCUGAUGUUCAGCAAAGCGGAGAAUGUACGGAAAAGGGAUCAAACAUGUGUUCUGGUGAGGAUCAAAGUAACUUGGAGCGCGAAGACAGUCAGUGUCUUCGGGGAGAUUCAAAGGAUACAGUGUCUACAACUGUGCCGGAGGAAUCUACUGUAGAAUCUAAUGUUAGAGAGAAAAAUAAACAAUCGGAUAGCUUAAAUGACGACGUGCCAAAGGAGACAAAUAAUUUUAGUAUCAAUGAUGUAAAAUGCGAGAUAACGAAUGCAUUUUUGUCGCAGACGAUCGAAGAACAAGAAGUAUCUAAUAAUUCUAGCGAAAAUAAGGGUAGUUUAAAUUCGUUUGAAACAUGUGUAUAUAGCGAAGAAGUUAAUAUUAACGAGGAAGUAGACAGAUCUGAUGAAUAUAAGGAUAAUAUUAACACAACUGAUCCAGCGACGAAUAAUAACAUGAAUAAUACGAAGCUUUCGAAUAAAGAUGAGAUAACGAAUCAAAAGAAUGCGCAAAUGAUACACAGUAACAUUGUUUCGGAGGUAUUGAUCAUUUCAAAUGCUGUACAGAAAGAACCGCAAACUGUUAAAGAAUCAACUCCUGUUCCUAUCACGCCACCGGAAUCGAAAAAGGUGAAAAAAGUUGUAAGACACAAAAGUAAACCGGCACCGCCACCGUCUCCGCCCGUUAAAAAAAUAAAUAGGGACGAAUGUGACUGGGAUAGUUUAUUCGAUGACAAUGGUGACUGUCUGGAUCCAACGCUCAUAGAAGAGUUAACGUCUGCAGUUGGUGAUGUUGUGAUCGAGCAACCAAAAAGCGAUUACAAGACAUACACUAAACACAUCGAAGUAUCUAGCGACGAAUUUGCUCAUGUUGUUGAAAUAUAUAAUUUUCCGUCUGAAUUCAAGACAAGCGAUUUAGCGGCUGUUUUCAGUCCCUUCAAAAAUGGUGGUUUCGAAUUGAAAUGGGUGGACGAUACGCAUUGUCUUGGAGUAUUCAGUAGUCCUCUUGUUGCUGCCGAGGUAUUGGCAUCCGAUCAUCCGUUUGUUAAAACAAGACCGCUAAGCGAGGCAACGGCCUUGAGUAAAACAAAAGCGAAAAGGAGCGCAGAAUUCUUGCAACCUUACAGGAGUCGUCCAGAAACUUGCGCGGCAUUAGCCAGACGAUUGGUUACAGGUGCUUUAGGAGUGAAAUUAGCCACUGCUAGGCAAGAGCGCGAACACGAAAAAAACAUACUGCGUGAAGCGAAAGAAAAACGUAGGUUGGCCAAUAAGCAACGAGAGGAUGCUUGGGAAGGUAUAAUUCCCGAAAAGUAGCAUCGUUUGUUGGUAAUGUGAUAAUUGAUAAUGACUUACAUUAUAUGUAAGUGUUUGAUGACAUUUACAUGCAUUUUGUGCCUUACUCAUCUAUUUUUUAUCUCAGACAAACUCAUUUUGUCGAACUGAUUUGGCGAUUGGUUUUGGGAACACGGGAUAACUUGCCAAUAGAUGAGUGUGGCAUGACGGAAUACCGUAACGGAUGUUGUAUUUGCUUCGAACUGACAAAUGAGUUUCCAAUGCUUGUUUAUUUUCUACACACACACACCACACACACACAUACACAUAUAUACAUAUAUGCAUAUCAUAAUGUUCAGACCAGUUAAACGAGCGUGCCUGUUGCAUUAUUUUUUAAUGAAAGGGUAUUAAGUAUUUUAAGUAAAACUCUUUAGACUUGGGCAAUUUACAGCCCUAAAUAUUAGAAAAAUCUAUGAAACAGAAGUAGAAAGGUUUUACGAUGCGUGGUUAUUCUUACCUCGACAGUUGCCUCUGUUAGAAAUUUAUAUAUAUGACGAUAAAGAAUGCUGUGUUGUGCAAUGAUAAUACGAGACAAUAAGUUAGAAUAGUAGAAAAUGAAGAUGUAUCCCUUUACACGUGAAUGCAUUAAGUGCGAGCACAUACAUCGAUUUGCAAGCAGUGAUAUGUAAUAAAAAAGUGUCUUCACAAAGUUAUGAUUUCUCGAUGAUAAAGCUAUACUAAAAUACAAUGUGGUAUUAUAUUGCUGUAUAAAACAAAAUACAGCAUAUAUAAAUAAUAUCACUUGUAUAGAUAUAUAUAUACACAUACGUAUAUAAAUCUGUUAAAUGUUAAAAUCUGACGCACAAUCAUAAUCUGUCUACACAUAUUACAGACAUAUUUAAAGAAAAACAGAAAGCUUAAAACAGAUUGUAUUUUUAUAUACAAUUGUUACCAACAGAGGAAUAAAAGUAUGUAGCGCCAAAUCCUAGUCAAUGUACACAAGAAAACAUGUUACCUAUAUUGUAUAUUAUAUUACUGAAUUUUGUCAGAAGUUGACAAAUGAAUUUAAAAGAAAAAAA